GGGAGGAAGGGAAGGGGGCAUGAAGGGGGAGGGAGCAGGAAAGCGAGAAGAGGAAAGAAGAAGUGAAGUUAAAACUCUCAAUUCUUAUCAACUUUAUCAACACAUUCUGUACCGGGACGGGGAGAACUUUCGAUAUCUUCUUCCCGUUUCAUGUUGCAUUUUUAUGAGCGUGUGCGGCGGCAACUCUGAGGACAAGACGAAGGGAAGAAGACGGGAGGAAGAGAGCUGUGCAUGCUGGGAGGUGAGGAAAACCGCACAGGGCAGCAGCAGCAGCAACUGCGCACACGCUCUGACUGACUCGGCAACGUGUGUGUGUGUGUGUGUGUGUGUGUGUGUGCUCACGUGCACGCUGGUGUUUUUAGGGUGACUCACAAGCAACCUGUGUUGGCCACUGGGAGAUGUGGUAAGGAAAUGCUACACAAGCACCAGCACGCGAGCACAUACGAAGGGGCGCUCUAACGAGUCAUGAUCAAGUACUUCACAGAAAGGCAAUAAAGGAGUAUCAUAGCCACAGUGACAUUUUAUUAUUAUUAUUAUUAUUUUACAUUAAGGACAAACAUUUUCAGAAAACAUUUUUAUUAUAUUCAAAAUUUUUGUUAUAUCAUUAUAAGACAUUAAUUACUUUUUCACAGAAUGAAUUAUCAAAUGAAUAAAAAUUGAUGGGUAAUAUAUACAAUUCAUUAUUAUUUUAUAAUAAUUUUAUUAAUAUUUUUGUAUAUUCUGUUUUAAUUUUUUUUUUUAGAAAACUACAUUUUCGGAGAGAAAAUGAUUAAUAUUAUAAAAUCCGUAAAUCCAUAAUAAUCUGAUCCAAAAGUUGAGACUGGACAAGUCCCAAGUUUCUCAAGAAAAGAGGUGACUUGAAAACGUCUCUCAAUGCUAAGUAGCUUUAGCAUUUUAGCUUUAGGUUUUCUACAGCAUCUGUAACGUCUAAUGUGGCCACUAUUAGCAACGCCGCUUCCUGUAUGCACACUCUAUAAUGCUACACAGACAAGCGCUGAUGCUCCAUGACUUACACAAAAUAAACAUCUGUGACAUCACAAAGGGGCAGUUUGACCACGCCUUUUGAAACCGAGUGUUUCGAGCCAUCCCAAACUUUCUUUCAGGGCUCACUUCCAAAUGUGCAGACCUCCAUAUCUGAAACUUUGGCAUGGUUUAACACCAGAAUACGACAUUCUAACUACAUUUAUUGGUCAGAAAAGUGGAAGAAACAUAAUCGGUCUCAUUUUAAGAAGUCCUUUUCAAACAAGCAUUUUCAUUUUUACCAGGAAAAUGCAACAUUUUCAGAAAAUAAAACAUUAUAGCGCGAUAUUCUCCUUGUCUUAAUGACUUCCUUUCGUCUAAUUCUACAUUUGUCCCUUUUUUGUGUGACAGUCAUCCUCUAUAAAUCCAUCAAGGGAACAUUUGGAAGGGUUUUUGCUGUUAAUCCGUUUUAAAUAGUGAUGCAUUCAAUUGAAAGCAAAAAGUACAACAUGAUCAUUUUAAGACACGUAGAACACAGGAAUGGGAUGACGGCAACAACAAAAAUUUAGCUUAAAAAAAUAUCAUCAAAAAUAUCAAAUCAUAAACACUUGGAGAUACCCGCGUAUACCAGUAUACCCGCGACCCUAGUGAGGAUAAGUAGCAUUAAAAAUGGAUGUCUGAUCCGUAACGCAGUCCACUAAACAUUGUGGCAGCGGCGUUCAGACUCUACGCAGCCCUUUGCUCCAGUGCGUCAUGCGUGUAUUCACACCUCUUCUUCAUGCUGUGGGCUACCUUCCACUCAUCACAGCACAGCAAAGGGUGUUUGAUUUGGAUCCUUCACAUUUUAGCUCUGCUGAAUAAAGACGCCUGCAGUGGCCAAACGCGGUACUGCAGCGCCUGUAGUGUCAUUUGAGGACUCCCGUGGAUGUCUUUGGGUGACUUCCUCUGCGUUUCCACAACCUUCCAGCUUCCUUUUUUUUUGCACUUUUGCUUCAGCGCCGAUGGCUGCCACUCUGCUGGGACAACCUCUCCUCAAGGUCGCACCGUGUGACCUCGUGUCAUCCUCACAGAAGGGAGGGUGAACGAUGUCUGUCCUCGAUGCACUCGUUCGCUUCUCGGGUUACCAAACACGAGUAAAGCAGCAGCAACGCGGGCAAUCAAGCCCCCGCGCUGCCAGCCCUUCUUGCCUCACUUAUUCCACAUCUCCAUCUCCCCCCGGAGCGCUAAUGUGCGGCGGGAGCAUCCUGCUGUGCGUACACAUGUACAUAGCUAAACUGAGGUUGCGAGAGGCUGAGGGGAGGGGGGGGACGGGCAGGAAACAGGAAACAGGGAUGGGGGAGGCGUCAGACGUGUGUGUGUGUUACAGAGAGAGAGAGUGAUGCUGGGAGAUGGUAAGGGCGAGAAUGGGAGGCAGCGUCACCCACCCAGACAGGGAAGGGAGGGAGGGCAGGACAGACGGCGUGGAAGUGGAGGGACAGACGAGGGGAGCGCACGAUGAAGUAGUGCCAUUGUCCGCCCCGGCGGCGCUGCCAUUUCACCAUCUGCCGAGAGCGAGGGAGCAAAGGAGGACGCGGAGGAGAGGGGAGGACAGUGACUUUGUCAAUCGAUCCAGCGCAUCAGAGGAGCGGCACGGCUUUGUUUUGUUUUUGUCCGGGGAGUGGACGCUUCGGACGUAGCGGCGGGAAGACGAAGACGAAGGCGAAGAUGUCCAGCAUGUGUGUCAUGUGACUAUGGAGGCCAGUUUAAAAGAUGUCACCUCUGUUUUUUUAUUAACUCAUUAGAACAAUGACUGCACUUUUUUCCUCUUGUUGACUUCCUGUUGUGUCCGAGUGUAUGAUUGCUGCCGGAAUGUCUUACAGUCCUUACUUUUAAAUAUCCAGGUUGUUUUUAUGCAAGUUUUACACUUUAAUUAUGGCCGACUUUUAGCAGACGCGCUAGUCGCCGAGCCGGUUGCAUGCCGCCGACGUGUCCUGUCAACAUUGAUUGGCUUUUAUAGCAUCUGGCGCGACGCCGCUGCAACUUUGAUCAUUUCCUGAAAGCUAUUGAUCUUUCAGGGGCGGGCGGGCGGGCAGACGUGGGGGGGGGGGCGAGUUAGGAGUUUUGUGCUCCUGUUGUACCGGACAAAUUAAUAACAACACGUGGAGACUUUGGAUGCUGCCAAAGCUCUUUUUUUUCUGACGACUCAGCAUCUCUUUUUUAUUGUCUGUUGCCAUGGCGACGGGCUGCAGCUGCAGACGGAGCAAAAAUGUGAAAGUUCUUUGUGCGAUGUCUUAAACCCGGUGCUGCUCGAGUGUGCCGUUUUUUUUUUUUUCAGACGCCUGCGUUCACCAGUCUGAGAGAAUCAGGGUUGUUUCAGGUCACCUGCCCCCCCCCUCCCACAGUCUCCCCCCCACCCUCCCUCCCUCGUCAGUCUGCGUGUUCACCCAACGGCGAGUCUCCACAGCCGUCUUUGUCCUCACCUCACCUUUAGUAAAAAUCAACGGGAGCCGGCCUCGAUGCAGCUAAUUCUUCAUCGUUCCCAGACUGUUGGUGUAGCCGACUCAGGAUCCCCCCCCCCCAUGUAGGGGGUCGUCACCUGACCUACACUGUCCCCCCCGUGUCAGAUCAUCUUUUCUAAUGUUUUCUAAUUAAGGACAUUUGUAUUCGGGGCUUGCUAAACUGUUUGAAUGCAAUGCAAAGCCGGGCCGCCGUUACCCGCCAUACUUCUUUCUCGGCUUCCUGGAGACCAUCCCGGGCUGUCUCGCAGCACACGCGUGUGAGCGGAUCCUCCACGGUGCUUCUAACCCACGACCAGAUGGAUGACUAGCACACGCGUUGCUAGACAAUCCCUCUGUGGUGCUAGACUAGUGGUUGUGGGUUGUUUUUUUUUUUUGUUUUUUUUAUAUCACCCACGACCAAGCUGGUGCAUGGGACAUCAGCUUAUUUGGUGCCAAGCCGUGGUGCCGGUGUUCUGCAGGCGAGGUUGACUGUUUCCUUUUGAGGAACGUACGGGGAACCGUGCGUGUAAACAGACUGUUUGACUUUAAGGUUGGACUAUGCAGUCAGUAGACAGGAACAUGGUUGAUCUGUGGCGGGCCUGCUCUUCCCUCAGGUAACUGGCGUUGAAAGACGAGGGGCGGCGGCGGUUUCGUGAGAGUACUCCAAAAUCAGGUCUCAUUACUAUCACAACAACCCGCUGGCCUUCACUAGCCAAUGACCUGCAUCCUCUAGUGUUACAUCACCACCGUGCUACUGUGUGUGUGUCAGGACUUAUCACUUGGUGCUCCGUUGGUGACUAACUCCGAACCACGACGGCCUCACUUCUUUUCAGCCAUAUCAGGAACUUCAGUCAGGAAUGCUUAGCUCAGUCUUAACUUUUUUUAGCGUUGAUUUCUGGUGUCUAAACAUGUCUGGGCGCUAGUAGCAGUAUCCAGGUGAAGCGAGAGGGGGGGUGGCCGAGCUGGGGCGGUUCAUACUUCUAUAAAACGAGCCGUUAAAACAGGGCAAGCCUGGAGAACGGACAAGCAGCCGCGGGAGGGGGAGAGGGGGAGAUCAUCUGGAAGAGGCGAGAGGAAGUGGUGGCGCGGGAGAGGGCGGAGGCGCUGGAGAGACAGAGGCUGGCCGAGUACAUUGUGUGGAGGAAGCGGGAAGACUUCCAGGAGAGGCGAGGAGACCGGGAGAGGAGGGACAGGAGCGCCGAGAAAGACGGCAAGGAGGCCGAGCCAGAAGUCAUCUGGAAGAAGAGGCAGGAAGACGACGCGGAGAGGGAGAGAGCGAGGGACGUUCAGGGCGGACACCAGAUUGUUUGGAGGAGGAAGAAUUAAGUGUGCUUUUAAAAAACAAAACAAAACAAGGGUGCUGUUACCAGGAGUUGGACACUAGCCAUACUAUAUUAGUAAGCCUGCUUUCUCUUUUUUUGGCCCAUGCGGGGUUGCAGGUGUGUGUUGUCUUGACCAGUGGACGCCGCGUGUGUGUGUGUGUGUGUGCGUCGCCUUGUUAGUGCGCACGACCCCCUUGCGAUUCCGCUCGCUGGCUGCUAAUAGGGUUUUUAUGGGCUUGUGUCAAGCUGGACAAAGCUGCCGAGGGAGCUGCUUCACACACACACACACACACACACACACACAUAUGCAAAGGGGGGGUGCCGAGAGACAAUCACUUGCGUUGAUUCUCCGCCGUGUCGCUGAGAGCCAUUAACAAAAUAGUCCCAGAUAUUGUUUUUUUUCCAAGAUGGCCAAUUCACUUGACCCAGACGUCACGAGCUGAUCAACACACAAUGAACUCCGAUGUCAACAUGGCGACGCUCACGACAAACUCUUUGCAUCCGUAUCCCGUCGUCACCAGGAGCGCCGUUUUUUUUUCUAAAAGACCUUUUUAACCCCGCUUUUGUUGUGGAUGAAGCCAUCUUUGAAACGGUGCGCUCCGCACCGGACAGAUGGGAGGGACACUUUGAAUCCCGGAAGAAAGAGACUUUGAUUAAAUAAAAAAAAAAAAAAGAAAACUUCACCAGAACCUGCAUGGACUUGUGAAGACCUAGAAACUGAUAAGUCGCUAUGGAACUUGUCCCAAAAACCAAGUACACCCACUUCAGGAGUGAAUCCCUGAGCUCCACCGACGAGACAAACUCCAACCCAUCAUCCUUCCCCGCUUCCAGCCCCGCCACCCCGCUCACUCCUUCUCCUGGCUUACCUUCUUCUCUGUCCUCCUCUUCUCUGACUCCCAUCCUGCCCCCCUCUUCUCCUCGCCCGCCCGAGAACAGCCCCACCACUCUUUGCUCCUUCUUCCCAAGAAUGGGCUCCCUUCGCCUGGGCGUCUCCGCCACUCUUCUCCCAGGCCUCAAGGCGGCCUCCGGCAGGCAUCCCCAAGCGUCUGUGCACUCUCCAGGGGACGACAGGAGCAGCUCCAGCUCCUCCCCGCCGCCGCCGCCGCCGCAUCACCCGUUGCCCCCUUUAACCGCUCCUUCUCCUCCUCCUCGACCUCCCCUGCAGGACAUGAACCGGCUGGGGGGGGCAUCCAGGAGGGCCCGGGUAGAGGGAGCUCAGCUGGGAGGAGACGAGUGGACGCGUCACGGCUCCUUUGUAAACAAGCCCACCCGGGGAUGGCUGCACUCCGACAAUGUGGUCAGCACCACCGGCGUCUCCUACACUGUACGGUACAUGGGGUGCGUGGAGGUGCUACAAUCCAUGCGAGCGCUGGACUUCAACACCAGAACUCAGGUCACCAGGGAGGCUAUCUCGGUGGUGUGCGAGGCUGUGCCUGGAGCCAAAGGAGCGCAGCGCAGGAGAAAGCCGUCCUCCCGCUGCCUCACGUCUAUUCUGGGCAAGAGCAACCUGCAGUUUGCUGGCAUGACAAUCAGCCUCACCAUCUCCACCAGCAGCCUCAACCUGCUGGCGUCCGACUGCAAACAGAUAAUCGCCAAUCAUCACAUGCAGUCCAUCUCCUUUGCCUCUGGAGGAGACCCAGACACGGCUGAGUACGUAGCAUAUGUGGCCAAAGACCCUGUCAACCAGAGAGCAUGUCACAUUCUCGAGUGUUCCGAGGGUUUAGCCCAGGAAGUCAUCAGCACCAUCGGCCAGGCCUUUGAGCUGCGUUUCAAACAGUACCUGAAGAACCCGCCCAAACUGGUCACGCCUCAUGACAGAAUGGCUCCAUUUGAUGGCUCUGCAUGGGAGGAAGAGGAUGACGAGGCUGCUCCCUUGCCCGAGGUCCCGUACUAUAAUAAUUUUCCUGGUAAACAGCCUCCCCCUGGUGGUCUGGUUGACAUGAGAACACGUCCGGGCGCCACACUGCCUUACGGACAGCCGGGUCAGAAUGAGAUUCACAAGCAGCCUCUGCCGCCUCUGCCAGUCUGUGCCAAAGAAGGAGGACGAGAACUGUUUGAUGACCCUUCUUACGUCAACGUGGAUAAGCCCCGCCCACCGGUUGCCUCAAAUGGAAACGCUCACAGAGAUGCUUUUGACAUGAAGCCGUUCGACGACGCGCUAGGGGGCUCCGGGCCGGGCUCCGCGACAGCAGCGCCCCCUCUGGUGGAGCAGUUACAGUGCGAGACCUGGUUCCACGGCAGCUUGAGUCGCAGGGAAUCCGAGAGGCUGCUGAACCGAGACGGGGACUUUCUGGUGCGAGAGUCGGGGACCACGCCCGGACAGUACGUCCUCACGGGGCAGCAGGGCGGACAAGCCAAACAUUUGCUUCUGGUCGACCCGGAGGGAGUGGUUCGUACGAAAGACCAUCGGUUCGAGAGUGUGAGUCACCUGAUCAGCUACCACAUGGACAACAGACUCCCCAUCGUGUCGGCGGGGAGCGAAGUGUGUCUGCAACAGCCGGUGGAGCGCAGAGCAUGAUAGCCUUCAUCCCUAAGCUCCGCCCCCCCCCCCCGAUACCAGCACGCUCGCUCCAAAACGUCAUUACACACAACGGAAACCACGCCCCUAAAAGAACCCCCAUCUCUGCCGUGCUGCUGUUGUAAACCAAACUGUGAAUCGCAGUCCCUCCACCAAACGACACCGACGGUGAAGCAGGGAGGAGCCGGGAAAAGAAAAUGCAAUUCCUUAAAAAAAAAAAAAAAAAAAAUGUCUUAAUUCCAAAGUGGAGUUCGGAACCGCUCGGAACGAUGUGGAAAACUAAAGCAAUGGAACAACAUGAGCUCGCAUGCGUUCAUGGCCAGACGGCUUUUCGUCUUUUUAAUCCUCAAAACAAAAACUCUCUCUUCAAGCUUGGAGAGCAUUUCCAUCAACCACCCCCCCCCCACAGACCCCCACACCCCCUUUUUAGGACCGGUGAUGAGCAUGGAUGCAAACCUGGGACUGUUAUGCCAAUCAUCAUCAUCAUCAUCAUGUAUUCAUUUUUUAAUAUUCAACGUCAUGCCAAAGACAAAAUGGAAGAGUCCAAUUCAUAGAAACGGGACUUCCUGUCAACGGUGCGAUGAUGACGUCACCCGCAAGACACCCGACUCGUUUGCAUCGACAAUCCACGUUUAUGCAAGAAGUACAUGAAAACAACGGCUCAACGGAAAAGGACCCACUUGGAAUUUGUCUCUGCAAAAAUGAAAUGCUGCGUAUAUCAACCAGGUAGCAAGUAGUAGUAGUAGUAGUAGUAGUACUAGUAGUAGUAGUAGUACUAGUCAUGUGAUGUUCCAAUGCCAACUGCACUGCAAAUACUUUUCAACAAUCAAAAUCACAACUCUGGAUUUUUUUUUUUUAACUUUAAUCAUGAUUUGGAGUGCAUGAGAAAGUGGACAAGAUCAAGACCAACUGGAGCCAACUGCUCAUUUUAAAGCGUAUGCAGAACCUCGGUUUUUUAACGUUCAUCUGUCCCAAAAGCGAAGUUUAUGAAAACAAACUGCAUAGGAAAUCAUGUCCAUCUAAAAAUUUGUUCUUUUUUAAUCUUUUUUAAUCUUUUUUAAUCUUUUUAAUCAGGUGCUAAUUGGAGGCUGUUGUGGCUGUUUACUUUCUGCUCUGUGGGUUCAGUCAAUAGAUGAAGUGAUAUAUUACUUAAGACAGGGGUGUCCAAGGUGUGUCCCGAGGGCCAUUUGUGGCCUGCGUUUUUUUUUUUUUGGCACAUUCCAAAAAUAAAACGGCAGCAAAUGGGGGGGAAAAAUUAUUUUAAAAAUGUUACAAAAAAUAAAGUCCAAAUAGUAUGAGACAAAGGUUGUACUCUAACAAGAAAAACUGUAAUUUUACUACAAUGAUGUUGUAUUAUUAUAAGGAAAAAAAUAUGUAAUUUUAGUAGUAUAGUGUUGAAAUAUAAUAAAUUUUUUUUUUUAGAAAGAAGUCAUAAUUCCUUGCCCCGACCUUCCCCCACCUGUUUAAAUCCGUUUUUGAUGCGCCCCUCCCCGCUUUUAGCCUUGUUUUAGCUCUGAAUGAAUGUAUGGAUAUUGUAUUUUAAUGAAAAAUGUAUUUAAUGUAUUUUAAUCUUUUACUCUGGUUUUAACUCAACUCUAUUUUUAGUUCUUUUUCUCUACUGUAAAGCGUCUUUGAGUACUCUGAAAAGCGCUAUAGAAAUAAAAUGUAUUAUUAUUUAUUAUUAAAAUUGAUUAAAAUAAUUAAAAAAGUUAUUAUGUGAAUAAAGUCAAAAUUAUGAGGAGAAGAAGAAGAUUUAAGUGCAUACAUUUAGAAAAGUUGAAUAAUGAGGUUGGGGAAAAUGUUUUAAAAUAUUUUGGUGAUAUUACGAAAAGAAUAUUCUUUAGCAAAAAAGCGCUAUACAAAUAAAAUGUAUUAUUAUUUAUUAUUAAAAUUGAUUAAAAUAAUUUAAAAAGUUAUUAUGAGAAGAAGAUCUAAGUGGUUUGGGGGAAAAAACAAUGAGAAUUACAUCAAAAUAUUCAUUUAUUAUUUAUUACAAUGAGAAAAAAAUUAAUUUCAUAAGACUACUCGAUAUUGUGAGUGAAAAUAUUAUUUUAGCAGCAUAGCACUGGAAUAUUAAAGACAAAUUCCAUUUAAAAAAACAUUUAGAAAAGUUGAAUAAUGAAGUUGGGGAAAAUAUUUUGGUGAUAUUAUGAAAAAAACAUUCUUUAGCAAAAAAAAAAAUUCAUUUUUUUUCUUGAAAUAAAUAAAACCUUUUAUCAUAUCUUUAUGUUGCUUUCCAAAACACGAAAGCGGACAUUUUUCACCAUGUGGCCCCCCCUCGGUGAAGAAAGUUUGGACACCCCUGACUUAAAAUGAUCUACUUAUGUAAGAACAUUUGACUGAAAUGUCAUUUUUUUUUUUUUUUGUGCCUGGUAAGAAAAAAUAAGAAUUUUGGGCUUGAAUUUCAGGGAUUUCAUUUUGCUCGGAUGUCGGAGUCUUUUGCCGUGUCGCAGGGUUGGGCGACCAUGCCGAUGCCAACCUGCAGUAUUUCAUCCAGACUGCUGUGGUGCAAAAUUCUAAAAAAAGAAAUUGACUUAAGUGUUUUUUCAUACAUUUUAACGUGUGAAUCCUCACUGUGCAGUUUUUGAAGGACACGGCGUAUGACCUUCACACUCUUGUCACACUUCCUGACUUCAUGUUUUUUUUCCAGAUUCAACCCGUGCCUUGUUUCUCGGAUGCAGUCGCUCGAGUGCAGUCACCUUACGUACUUAAGUCACCCAGCUCUCACUUAAACAGGCCGCACGUCCGUAAAGGAGCCCGUCGGGUGGCGGCCACGGCCGACGUUGCACGUUGAAGCUUAUUGAGUCACAGAUACUUGAUGUCACCUGUUGGGGUUUUUGGGGAGGGCGCAUCUGUAAAUAACAUUGGCUGGUCAGCGUAGCUCGCACCUCACCGGGAGGGAGCUUUGAGAUCCAGAAGGGGUUUGGAACAUCUUGACAUACGAGAAGGUCACAUCCAUGACACGCUAGCCCAAAGUGUACCUGGCUGGAACCACUUGCUUUAAGACUUGUAGUUGCGUGUUCGCUGCUGACGUGGUCUCGUGAUCAUCACAGUUGCCUUUGUCGCAUGAAGAUUCUCUACGUGGUUUUUUUUUUUUUGUUGUUGGUUUUUGUCGCUGGUGAUAUUGUGGUCGAUGCUGUCGUGCUUUUUGGAUUUAAAAAAUGGAAUUAAAAAAAAAAAAAGCCAAAAACGUUUGUUUUGAGGAAAAAAAAAUGUGCACAGGUGAUUUGAUUUUGUAUGUUGUUUUUAGGGAAACGUGUUUACACCUGUAACUGAAAAUGGACAUUGCACAUAUAUACUGUAUAUAGAAAUAAAUGCAUAUAUCAGCCGGC